AUGUCAGACUCCGAUUCCAACGAUUCCGUUCUGGGGGCUUCUGCAAAAAGGAUGAGAGGCGCUCACAAUAUUGCACACCAGUCACCCUUCGCUACACAGCCAUCAGCCAUGGUCACUGACCAAUUCACUGAGCCCGACUAUCGUGUUGCGCUCGACUUUGGCACGACAUAUACUAGCAUCGCGUUCGUUAGAAAGGGCGAACGAGAGAUCAACACCAUUGAUCAGUGGGAUGGAGAUCGCUGUCAUCAUUCCAAUGGGAGACAAGUCCCAACGGAAAGUGUCUAUCGCCCUGCUUCCAGACUACACGGCUACGAAGCACAACGCUGGCUAGAGGAGUCACAACCCGACGACGCAGUCAUAGCUCACAUCAAACGAAUGAAGCUGCUCCUUGACGACACGGGUUGUGUCUGGACUCAAGAUGCUAAAAGCGAAGUUGCGAAGGGAAUACAGAAACUUCAAGCCCAUCACUUGAUAGAUUCUGAGCAGGAUAUCAUACGACACAUAUUGAAAUAUUAUUUCCGCCACGUCAAGCGAACUCUGGAAAUGGCUGAAGGCUUCCACGAUGGUAACUCUGUUGAACUUACAUUCUCUGUACCGGUCUGCUGGAGCACCAUGGCCAAUGCUACGAUGAGUAAAUGCAUCGAAACAGCGAUGAGAGAGUCUGGGUUCGGGGUUAUUCAAGACCAACAUGGUUCCUCAGUCAACCUAUUCAUGGUGAAUGAAGCUGAGGCAGGAGCUUCAUACGCACUUGAUUCCAGUCGGCAUGACGGUGUCAUCAAGCGUAGGGGAGUGUUUCUUCUCGUCGACAGCGGUGGGGGUACGACGGACCUUGGUCUAUAUCGAACAACGGAACCUGAACCCUUGCGCCUCGAAAGGGAGAUAAAUCCUCCUUCUGGGGCCAUGUGUGGAUCGAGCGACCUCAAUGAGCGAAUGCGAGCGAGGGCGUUGCUUGAUCUUCGCGACCAGGGAUAUCUCACGACAGAUAGAACUAUCGAAACCAUUGUCGAUGAAUUCAUCAUGCCGGCAUUCGAGAACGAACACAAGAGGUCCUUUCGAUGGCGUGACAGAUCCCAACGCUUCAGAUAUCCGAUCCUGGGUCUCCAGGCAUCUCAGAACAACCGACGCAUACAGAAAGGGGAUUACGUGUUGAACUACGACGACAUGUGGAGCAUUUUCGAACCUUCCUUGGAGACCAUCCGAGAUCUCAUCGUGGAUCAGAUUCAGUCCGCCAGACUUAAAGACAUUGUCGUUAAAUCAAUUGUCGUGCUUGGCGGAUUCGGGGAUUCUCCAGCUUUGAGAGAGUACCUUCGAAUAUGGUUGAACGAAUACAACCACAAGAAUGGCUUGGUGAUUGAGAUGAAGUUCGCUCUCGCUAAUAAAGGAGCUUCUGCGAUAGCCAUAGGCGCGAUCAUACGAGCACAGAACAAACAACUUGGGCCGGAACGUAUUCCGACCCAGAGUAUUGGGCUGUACCGCCACAUCAAUUGGGAAGAAGACUCCACAGAUCCAUGUAUCACCAAACAGAAGGCACAAAAGGAUGGAGAAGGGGAAUAUGUCAUUAAAAACACGAUUCUGUGGAUGAUCAAAAGAGGCCACGAUGUGAUCCCGCGCGUACACCGAGUAGAGGUUGUGGUCCGGCAUCUAUUCUGGGAGAAAAAAAGGUAUUGGAAAGGAGAAGAGGUUCUCUUCAUUUCGGACAGUUGCACGGAGGACUACUGGCAGCGCACAUCCAAACACAACAAAGGCAAGACUACACAGCUAGGCAAGGUUGUCUUUGAUGUGACCGAUCUCAAAGAGCAUCAUGUCAAAGUCCACAAAGAAAAAGGGUUGUGUACGCAAAAAUGGAAGAUCCGCGUAGAGGUGCUCCUCCAGAUCGAGAUAAUCGGUAGAGACUUGAAAUUCUUUGUUCGAUGGCCAGCAAACCGGGAAGGGAAACUGCUUCCUGCAUCGCGAAGUUCCUUUUCCCUAGCUGCCGCCUUCAAACCUGGCACAGAGUGA